GCUUUGAGUGCCUCAUGCCCUGGAGCUCGUCAAGCCAAACACUCCCUUUGCCAGUUCCUGCGCCAGCUUACAAGUUUUUCCCGGCAGAAAGUAGCUGGUGUCCCCCUCAAGAAAUGGCAAACAAUCAGGUGUUACAAGGACUCAGGAUUUCAAGUGAAGAUGCUGCAGCACUGGAGCAAAACACCAGACAGCAGAGCCAGAGCACCACUUGGAGGAAUUCCCGAGCCAACAGGCUAACGGCUUCCAAAUUUGGCACCGUACUGUCUAGGAAAGCCCCGUGGACUGAGCGGGGCAUAGCGAAUGUCAUGAGGCCAAAGGAAUUUUCGAAUGGCAUUGUAAGGUACGGAACUCUGAAUGAGCCACGAGCAGUGCAGCGGUAUGUACAGUCCAUGGACCAUAUCGGCCGCAAGGUGAUCGUUCACACCUGUGGGCUCAUGGUGCGCCCCGCUUCCCCAUGGCUGGGUGCCACACCAGACCGCGUCGUGUACGAUGUUCACGAAGAUCCACCUUUUGGUUUGAUUGAGGUGAAGUGCCCUUGGAGCAAGAGGUCAUCUAGUCUCCAAGAAGCACUCGCCUCACCUGAUUUUUUUGUUGAAGUGGUAAAUGGCAUUCCGCACCUGAAAGAAUCAAGCGACUACUAUGCACAAGUGAUGGGACAGAUGUUCUGUGCAGGACUUCUCUGGACGCACUUUAUAGUAUAUGCAGACGCAUGGAUGAUUGUGUGCAGAGUUGAGUUUUGUUGUGACACCUGGGCAGCAAUCAGAUCAAAAUUGGACAACUUCUAUUUCGAACAAGCUCUGCCCUAUUUAAGCUCUCUUGAGCAGACUUGAACUGGAAAUAAUUGUGCCGAAGUGCAUGCCAGGAUGCGAGUGCAAUAAACGAAACCAGUUUUGAA